UUCCCCGGCCGUAAGGUGCCGCGCGCGUCCUUGGGCAGAGAGGGGAGGUGACCGAGGCGGCCGGGGACGCAGGAUGAGCGCCUUGCGGGUCUCCCGGGCUCUGGUCCGUUCUUUCAGCUCAUCUACCAGGAGCCACUUGGAGAACCGUGUGCCAGAGAAGCAGAAACUCUUCCAGGCCGACAAUGACCUCCCGGUACACCUGAAGGGCGGGGCAACGGACAGCGUCCUGUACCGAGUGACGAUGGCUCUGACCCUGGGAGGCACUGCCUACAGCCUAUACUGCCUGGGCUGGGCCGCCUUCCCCCACAAGAAGUGAAACCGAGACACCAGGACGAACACCAAUAAAUGUGCUAAUCUCCCGAGAACCCA